AUGUGCCUCAAUGACAACAGUGCAACUCUUUCGGCUCGCUACCUCAGCGCGCAGCUCUCUGCUAUGUGGCAGAACGCUGUCGAGUGCGUUGAAACCGAGCACGAAAGUGCGAUCAUCGACUUGCGCUCUGAGGAGUACGACAAACACAAGUACAAACGCGGCCUCGCUCAAUGGCACUACGGCGGCAGGCGAGUCCCGAAGGGCGGUAUCAGCAAGGACUCCUUAUUUUUCUAUGGGUCCUUCGACGAACCUAGGUUGGAGUUCGUUUGUAACCACGAGGUCGUCCUCUAUCUGAGGCUCAAGUCGGGCCAUUUGAAUCACGCGUACCCAAGCAGAGCUAACAUUGCCAACUUCAAACCUUACCCGAAGGACAACAUCCCCUUGGGCGGUCUUGAGGUAGCCUACCGCAUCCCCUUUACGCGUCGUAUCAUCGAAGGUAGAGACACCGCAGUGGGUAACGGGGAUGGCCGUCGCAUCCAACUGCUCACAAUGGACUUGAAAAGUGCUCAGGCGGUGUUAUUCAGCACCAACGACCUCGACCGCACCAAGAGGGAGGUUCUCAACUUCUACUUGAAGAAAUACCUCCAGUUCCUCCAGAACGCUGGCCACCAUGUGCUUUUCGACCUUCCAGACUUCGACAACGACACACAUAGACAGCACAUCGACUACUCGCUUGUGAGCCGGGCCUUCAAUGUCCCUGGGUUGCAAGCGGACAUCGAGAUAUUUGGCACCAAUAUCGAUACCAUCAACCAGUACCUGAGGACGACCUGGCUCGAUGUCGUUUCUCGCGGUUUCAUCAGUGGACCCUCGCCCGACCCAUUAGCGAACUGCAUCUACGAAGUUAGAAGCAACACGCUCCCCAGUGCUGAAAGCCACUUCCACAUUACUUUCAUGCCUCCAAGCAUCCGGGCCUUGUGUCCCAAGGAAGUCGUUUUCUACAUCAACAUUUCAGAUCUCGAUUUUUACGGCAGCGCGGACUUCAGCAGCGCCGUAACGCAUUCGUUCAAGGACUUGAAGUUCGCCUUCGUUCUCGACGUUGUUCAAGAUAAAACCCAGGACAUCACGUUGCUCCAGCUUGAGUUAGGAAGUGCCCGAUUCUGCGAACAUUAUUCCACGUUCGACUUCACCGGCGAAGUGACGUUCUUCCAGCAAAUCAUCAAGUUUAUUUCGGAGGAAUACCUCACCCUCCUUGUUCAGUACAAAUACCACGUUAUCUUCUCUCCCCAAGGCGGAUUCACCGAAGAAGUCGAGUUCAGCGGCAUUAGCGAAGAUGAAGGCGAGUGGAAGACUGUUGUCGAGGCCUCUGGCGGCGUCAGCUCAAAGCGCUCUACGUCGAUUGUUUGGAGCGAGAUCGUCCGCAAGUUCAGUUUAUACAGCUUCGACCACCUGCUCGCUAUCUCCGAAGAAAGCAUCAACGCGAUGUUCAGCUCGAUGUACACAACGUUUAGCAAUGAAUGCCUCGUCAAGUGGAGACACACUUCUGGGAACUUGAACGCAGAAUUCCGUCCUAUCAAGAUCAGAUUGUUAUCCAACGGAAACGCGCUGGUUAUCUUCAACAUCGAUUCCGGGUCUAUGACCCUGAAGAAUGGACGAGGCACUUACGAGUUCGACACGUGGUCCAUUGCCUACGAGACUCGCAUCAAGAUGGUCGAGCAUAAAUCCAUCACCUGGGUCGACGUAGCCAGAGAAAGAUACGGCAGGUCGUACAUCCACCAAAUCCCCAACGUGCAAACCGUGAAGCAUAUCAUACUAGACUUUGAAAAUGCCGUAUACGUUGGAAAACAGUCGUUGAUGCCCGGCAUGUGGGACUCUGAUCCCCGCAGUGCUGUUGCCCGGCUUGACAGUAUCCUCCACUUCAUGAGUGGCUACCUCAAAGAACUCGCAUACUACGGUCACAACGUUAUCCACUCGAUCCCGAUCUUCCCAGGUCAGGAAGUAUUUGGCUUGACGGACGCAACUUUCCGUGUUAUUUCCAAAGAAACGGUCACUGUUGCGAAUUGUGUCCAACGGCACACUUCCCCUGUCCUCGUCGUCUUCGGUAUGACUGGUGGGCGCAGGAUGCCGGACAGGCACAUUCCAUGGGGCUUCGGUUGGGUCUUCCCCCGUUCGCACGGUUCGCUGUGCAUCUCCAAAGAAGUUUUCCUUGAGAGCCGUUUGUUACCUUCGCUCGCUCGCAUUAACGCAAGGACCACUGUCGUCCCGCGCUUCCCCGAAGAGGAUGAGGAGGAAUGGAAGGUUUACCUUACGACCUGGGAUCAACACCGCUACCGCAAGGAAAAGUCGUGCAACUGGACCUUGCUGGAAGGGAAUGCGGAUUGGCUUGAAUACGGCUGGGAGCAUCGUGAUGAAUGGAAGUAUGAGCACUCCGGGACUCAGGAAACAACUGAUGGGUUCUCCGUACUUUGCCACACAAAGAACCAGCUCGUUCUUCCAACGACAUUCCACUCCGCCUUAAUGGAGAUCAAGCUUAAGGGUCAGUCUAUCCUGAGGGUCAAAGACAUCAAGAAGCAGCGAACUAAGGAGACAAAGGCAAACUGGUCUGCUACUAUCGUCAUCAAGACCGACUCGACUGGCCUUCGCGUGACACUCUCAGAGCCUGUAGCACCGUACUUCGAACACUCCGAGUCCGAAGAAAUGUGGACGUCCUUCAACACUGACACCGCGCUGAAGCAACACCUCCCGAAAAUCAUCGACGUCGAGAGUGCCCUCUCCGAUCUGCGCCAGUUGCUCGAGGGUAGCUGGAGGUGGGGUUCUGCCGGCUUGGGGACGUACACUCUAGCCAGCCCCGUGUUCACGAGAACCGGCGACUUGAUUUUCCAGCUUCGCCAGACUUACGGCGGCGUGCAGUCGGUUAUUGGCUCCGAACUCAUGCAAUAUGGCCGACGUUCCUUGAGCAACAUCUCCGCCGAAUAUAAGACAGGCAAGAGCGUCAUUGGCAAUGGUAAUGGAUACCUCGAAGCAACUACGACUACCAUACGCUCUCAACCGAUGUCCGUCCACCAAAUGGAGCGUUCCACCUCAAGCGAGACGGGAUCCCUUCUCAGCGUUGAGGAAGAGGACUUGGCGUUCAUUGCUGGUGGCGGCAUUACAACCGGGGUCAAAGUUGUCAAUCAAGUUCGCGUUGGAACAGCACUACAAGAGGGGUUUCAUUGA